AAGACAAGGAUGGAAAAUAACUCCAAUAAUGAUAAACUGGUGCUUCUCGGGAUGGAAGAAAUGGAAGGAUUUAAAUAUGUAUACAGUACCCUCUUUAUUGUUGCAUUUAUGUUUAUUGUCCUACUGAGUAUUAUGAUUAUUUCUGUGAUUUUGACUGAGGAAAGCCUCCAUGAGCCCAUGUACAUUCUCAUAUGUAACUUGACUUUUAAUGGCCUUUUUGGAAGCUCAUCUUUUUUCCCAAAAUUAAUUGUUGAUCUUUUAGCUUCUUCUAAAACAGUCUCACGCAUUAACUGCCACAUCCAAGUUCUUUGUCUCAUGACUUUCAUUUUCUUUGAAAUAUCAACUUUUACAAUCAUGGCUUAUGACCAAUAUUUAGCCGUAUCGCACCCUCUCAAGUAUGUUAUGAUGAUGACCACUGAAAAAACUGUGAAACUCAUUGUUGGAGCUUUUAUCUUUUCUUUCACAUCCGUGCUGAUAUCUGUUCUUCUGUCUUCCAGACUCCCUCUUUGUGGAAAUGAAAUCAAAAAUAUAUUUUGUGACAAUAUGUCUUUUUUAAUUUUGUCAUGUGUUGAGUCUUCCAAAGAUAAUCUAUAUGCAGUCAUUGUUACAGUCAUUUUCUUAACAGUCACAGCAUCAAUAAUUAUCUAUUCUUAUCUGCAGAUAUUUUAUGUUUGCAUAAAAUUGACCAAAUCUUCAUAUAAAAAAGCUUUGCACACACUGGUGACCCAUUUACUCAGCUUUUCCAUAUUUAUGGUGGGCGCUCUUUUCAUAUUUGUUCGACUUAGGCUCCAGCAUAGCAGCAAACUUCCAGUUUUUGUUCACAUUCUGCUGUCUGUUAAUUUUGUAAUAUUUCCCCCACUUCUCAACCCCCUGAUAUAUGGGAUAAGGACAAAAGCAUUAAGGAUUAAAUUGAUUUGUCUCCUAAAGAAAAUAUAG